AUGGCUCGCCGGCACUGGUGCUCCGAGGGUCGGCGGCCCCGCGCCCUCAGCGCGGCCUCGGGCCGGGGCCGUUGGGGCCGUUGCCGCCCCAGGAGCCCUCACCCGAGCCGGGAGAGCCCUCACCGGUGCCGGGAGAGCCCCCGCCGCUCCCGGCUGGUGUCCGGCCCGGGACCACUCCUGCCGGCCCCACGCACCGCCCGGAGCGACCCCCGGGGGGGCCCCGACCCACGGCCCGACCGCCCCCGGGCUCCUCAGGGUCCCUCUCAUCCCGCAGCAUCUCCGGCAUCCCACCGCACCCCCGCACCCCAAAGGCCCCCUGGGGUCCCACCGCACCCCCGGGCUCCCAAAGGCCCCCUGGGGUCCCACCGCACCCCUGGGCCCCACUCACCUGGGCAGCAUCUUUGGGAUUGCACAACCUCCCUGAGAUUCUGCUCAUCCCACAGCACCCCUGAGAUUCUGCUCAUCCCACAGCACCCUGGGGUGGCUCUUACCUCCGAGUGCCUUCACUCGCAUCCUGUUGGUAGUGACGCCUCCGUCCACACUGAGACACCUGUUUAUCGGGUUGUUGAGGAAAAAAAGGAGCACCUCCUACUUAGCGGUUGGACAGUUGGUGGCAGGACAUGGCUCAGAGGGGUGCAGACCAUCAAAGACACCUGUGAAACAGCAGGAAUUCCCAAGGUGGAGGGUCUCCAUAAUUCCUCAGACUUACAGACAGUCGCUGUAGAAGCAGCUUCAUCAGAGGAGUUGUUUAGUCACUCUUUUCUUCACUGGAGCUGCUGGACUUGUGGCAGCACUGCAGUCCUACAAUGGUUCCUCUUCUUCCAGCUUCUCACCCUCAGAAAAUCCCUCUCAGCAUGAAGCAAUCGAUUAAUGAAGAUCCAUUAACACUAUUCCUGCACCUGUUAGUGGUGAAUGCCUUUGAUUUGUGACGCUGUUGUUCCAGGGGAACAUUUCCUGAUGUGUCCCAUGUUUUCACUUUUGUGAUUAUUUUUUGUUUGUUUUUUUUUCUUUCUUAAGGAAGUCAGAGAGGUGUCACCAUAGUAAUAACAAUAACAAAGUCCAUGGUGGCUGAGGAAUGUACCGUGACCAGAUCAUUAAUACUCAGAAAUAAAACGUUUUCUCGAACAGGUGGGGAGUUACUUGAUUUCAGAAGAAAGAAAGAAUGAUCAAACUUAACAUAAUGCCAAAAACAAACACCAUUUUAAGGAAUGUGUGAUCUUCUUGGCAAGUAGGUCUUGUUUUGAGAUAAUGAUCCACAGAAUCAGCAAAUGAGAAUUUCUUUGGUUUGUAACCAAGUUGAUUUCGUGCCUUGUCUAUUCGGAACGUGUGAGUUACAGUAACGUUCCACACCUGAAACCCAAAAGGACAGUUUUGGAAGUGACUUUAAUAUCAGAUUUUCUACAACUUGGAUGAAAAUACAUUGACAAUGAUAUUACAGUGGAAACAGAACAGCAAGCAGAACUCUACUGCAGAGAAUCCUGUCUGCAUCCAAAGGGCAUAUCACAGACUUCAUGAGAGUUUUGGUCAGAAAUACAUAAACAUUCUUUCUUUUUAUAUAUAUUUACCUCAUUCCUUGUCAAGAAAGGUGUAAAGCUAAAAACUGGCUUUAGUAUCAGGUGCAGAUAUUCCAUCACAGUGGCUGUGAAACACAAAGUUACUUAAUGAGACAGAUGGCUGGAUAACAAUAAACUGAGACAAUGCUGACAUUGCACAUCCUGUAAUUCCUACUGAUAUCAGAGGAUGCAAUUAGGGUGGUAGAAGGCAGGGUUUAACUUAUAAAGUACAUGAUGGACUCGGUUUAUGAAUAGCCUUUAAAAUUUAUCUAGUAAUUAGUGCCAAAUGGCACAAGAGAUUAUUAUUUAUUGGAAUAAUAUUAAGUUACGUAAUUCCUACAGUUUGAGUCCCAUCAUUUUAUAAAACCACUAUGGAGCUUUCUAGGAAUAAAAAAAAAAUACAGCCCA